AUGUCAUAGGUGGAGGGACGGGUCACCCCAGUUAACCUGCCCUCCUCCAGGGCCGCCAGCACCCCAGGGUCCCCAGCCACAGGCAUAACAGCGCGUGUGGAUGACCAGGUGGUGGGCUACAGAGAUUUGGCAGCGUUGCCCAGAGACAAAGCCAUACUGCAGGUGGAGAGGCCUGAUAUGAUGACUUACCAGCCUCACCUCAGCUUCUCCUCGCUGGACGCCCCACGCAGAGAGCGAUCUCAGUCUCCUGCUGCUACAUCUCCUACAAGAUCCCAUGAGGUGAAACUAGAAAGAGCCGAGAGUGACAGUGGGUCUCCUGGAGGUUCAUCGCUGCAACUACAGGCUGAACGCAAGAUCAGCCUACAGCAUUUUCACAGACCAGAUAAUGGAGCAAACAUUUACAGAAAGCCUCCCAUCUAUAAACAAGAUAUAGGUAAACAUACAGAGGGCAGUGGAGUUAUUCAGUCGGCCAAGUUCCCUGCUGCGCAGCGGCCGGACCCCAAUGAACCCUCCAAGAUUGAAACAGAAUACUGGCCCUGUCCCCCCUCAUUAGCUGCCAUGGAGAUUGAGUGGAAGAAGAAAAAACUGCUUGAGGAAGACGAGUUUGAGGACACAGAUGAAGUGAAGACUGUACAAGAGCAAGAGCUUGAAAAGAUCAAGUCCAAUCUUGGACGUCUCAUUUUGAAGGAAGAGAAGGAGAAAGCCAUUCAGUUUCGGAGGAAGACACAGUCACUGCCCGACAGAACCCACAUGCACGGCAGUUUGUCUACAAAUACCUCGAAGUCUCCAUCCCGGACAGGGACAGGUCUGACCAGAAUGCAGUCUGCAGAGUUUUCCAAUGGAGACAAAGGACAACCAGCUGGUCAGAAUGGAGAUCGUAAGGAGAGGAUGGACAGAGGAACCUCACUGCCAAGUAUUUUGGAGCAGAAGAUAUAUCCCUAUGAAGCACUGAUUGUGACCCAUAGAGGGCGCUGUAAGGUACCUCCUGGGGUUGACCGCACACGACUAGAGCGGCACCUGGCUCCAGACGAGUUUGAGCAGGUCUUUGGGAUGCCGAUGGUGGAGUUUGACCGCCUGUCACUAUGGAAACGCAAUGAACUGAAGAAGAAAGCUUCCCUGUUCUGAUGAAGUGACCUGAGUUUAUCAAUACUUGACAAAACAUGCAUAGAGUUGUCAAAAAGAGCCAGUAAUAAUCUUUUCAGGCCCAUAGUGUCCAUCGUGUAACUAACCAAUCAGAGGCCUGGAUGGAGACAGGAUCAGACUGAGCACUGACGCUGGCCCUACUAACCCUGAGUGAAGAUGCACGGAUCAAAUGUUCACCUCCUGCACUCUGCUCACUAAUGCUUGCUAUCAGCUGCCCCACCUGCAGCCACUCACUCAUAGUUUUGGUUUAAUAGUUAAGACACACACUAAAUUUAAAAU